GAUGGAACAGCAAAGAAUUUCAUCAAGAUCGUCUUUCGAAUUGUCGAGAUUUCGCGUUUGUGUUGAGAAUUAAUCUAUUUUAAUGAGAUAUCGUUGGAAAGUAGCCAAGUGAGGAAAAGGAUGGCUCUACUGUCGAACCACCACGAAUAUCCAGUUUCUACUGAGAUCGUAACAACUACGUACCCGACGACGACCAGGACUUACGACACUUUGUAUCCGUCGCCGUACAAUUCCCCGAAUUACGACUCUAUCAAGGUCGCGUAUAGUGAGAAUUACGCGCACAAAGGUGAGAUCACCCCGCAAAAAGGAGCAGAGACGGUCAGUUAUGGGAAAGAGGUAGUUGCGAAAUAUUCCAGAACGCCGGAUUCGUACGAAAGAAGCUCGUUUAGCGUUCUGACACCUGUAACGCCUCAAAGGUACGAGCCGCAGCACGCGAUAAAUCACACCGCCUCUCCGGGAACGAUGCUGCACGAGGACAGUUCCGUGGAGUAUCAUCCGCCAGCCUAUUGCUACGAAACUCCGCCUCAAGAACAAAAAUUUCAGAGCCUCGAGGCCGGCAAGCCGAUGCAGAUGAUGGUCGAGCAAAGAAGCAAUUGUUGGGAACCUGUUACAUCGGCGCAGAAACAAGUGUCGCCUACCAGCAGCCCUCGCAGAGGAAGACGACGCUCCAGGGACAUUCCGCCAUCGCCAAGCGUGUUGAAGCGCCGGCGUUUGGCCGCGAAUGCGCGCGAAAGACGUCGAAUGAACGGUUUGAACGAUGCUUUUGAUAAAUUACGCGAAGUUGUACCGAGCCUUGGGGCGGAUCACAAGCUCAGUAAAUUCGAGACGUUGCAAAUGGCGCAGACCUACAUCGCCGCGCUCUGUGACCUCCUUCAGAGACACGAUGGCAAGUGGCAGUGAAAAAGGAACAACUGCGAAAGGCCAACGUUCCAGUAUCUACGUUCUACGUAUGUAAACUAUCGCUUACAAGUAUUUAGAAAUGUAUUUAGAAAAAUAUUUUCGAGCCUGGCGAUUCCAAUGUUGCGUUAACUUGGUGUUAACUAAUUGGCAAGGAAAUUGCAAAUAAAACUGUAAUCGUAUCGAGUAAUAAUCGUUAUAACUUUGUAAAAUGUACAAGUAAUCUUUCUGACAAUGUGUUUAGAUUUUUAAGUCUGCAGGGCAAUAUUUAUUCCAUUGAUAUGUGUUGUGUGUAUUGCGUUCUUAAUUAAUUUGCAUGUAAUUCGUACUUUUUAUUCGUGGAUCGUACACGACUACGA